AUGCGCCGCCUCCGCCGCCUCUCCCUGCACCUCCUCCAGCCCGCCGCCCCACCAGCCCCAGGCGAUCAGCUGGCCCUCGCGGCGUGCGCGGGGGGGCGGGCGCGCCGCGUGGAGGGGGGCGCGGACGUGGCGGCUGCGCUCGCGGCGUACCUCCGGGGCCGGCACCGCGCGACGCAGAUGCGGCUGUUCGACUUCUUCCGGGCGCGGCCCGACCUGCAGACGCCCGUCGAGCUGGCCACGGCCGCGCACCGCGAGCUCUGCUACCGCCAGCUGUGCGCGCUCGUGCGCGAGGCCGGGGUGCGCCCGCUCACGCUCAUGGACAGCGACCCCGCGGAGUACUUCGCCGUCAUGGAGGCCGCCGGCGGGGCCGACAUCUCCCUCGGCGUCAAGCUCGGCGUCCAGUACAGCCUCUGGGGUGGUUCUGUCAUAAAUCUAGGAACCAAAAAGCACAGAGAUAAGUACUUUGAUGGAAUUGACAAUUUGGAUUAUCCAGGCUGUUUUGCAAUGACAGAACUACAUCAUGGAUCGAAUGUCCAAGCCCUACAGACUACCGCUACAUUUGAUCCUGUCACUGAUGAAUUCAUUAUUAACACCCCAAAUGAUGGAGCUAUUAAGUGGUGGAUUGGCAAUGCUGCGGUUCAUGGAAAAUUUGCUACUGUUUUUGCAAGGUUAAUUUUACCCCUUCAAGGAAAAGGAGGGGAACCUGCUGAUAUGGGCAUCCAUGCAUUUAUCGUCCCCACACGGGACCAUGAAACUCAUGCUAUUCUUCCUGGAAUCGAGAUCAAUGAUUGUGGGCACAAGAUUGGCCUUAAUGGUGUAGACAAUGGUGCACUGAGAUUCCGCUCAGUUAGGAUACCCAGAGAUAAUCUUCUGAAUCGAUUUGGUGAUGUGUCACGGGAUGGAAAAUACACAAGCAGUCUGCCCACAAUUAACAAAAGAUUUGCAGCAACCCUUGGGGAGCUUGUCGGUGGUCGAGUUGGCAUUGCAUAUUGUUCUGUGGGUGUUCUCAAAGUCGCAGUAACAAUUGCUGUGAGGUAUGCUCUUCUGCGCCACCAAUUCGGUCCACCUAAGCAGCCUGAGAUCAGCGUGUUGGAUUAUCAGUCUCACCAGAACAAAUUAAUGCCCAUGUUAGCAUCGUCAUAUGCAUUUCACUUUGCCACGGUAAUGUUAGUGGAUAAGUACUCGGAAAUGAAGAAAACCAAUGAUGAGGAUCUUAUUGCUGAUGUACAUGUUCUUUCAUCUGGGUUGAAAGCCUACAUAACUUCAUAUACAGCGAAGUCUAUAAGCAUCUGCAGAGAAGCAUGUGGUGGCCAUGGCUAUGCUGCUGUAAAUCGUUUUGGAGCUCUGCGCAAUGACCAUGAUAUAUUCCAAACAUUUGAGGGCGACAACACUGUUCUUCUGCAGCAGGUUGCUGGAGAUCUCCUGAAGCAAUACCAGGAGAAAUUUAAGGGAGGGACACUUUCAGUUACCUGGAAUUACUUGAGAGACUCCAUGGGUACUUACUUGGCCCAGCCUAAUCCUGUCACUGCCCGAUGGGAGGGCGAAGAUCAUCUGCGGGAUCCUAAUUUCCAGCUGGAUGCAUUCAGAUACCGAACAUCUCGGUUGCUACAUAGUGUCGCUGCUCGGCUACAGAAACAUAGCAAGACACUUGGAAGUUUUGGUGCGUGGAAUAGAUGUUUGAAUCAUUUGCUUACACUUGCAGAAUCACACAUUGAGUCUGUCAUCCUUGCAAAGUUCAUUGAAUCAGUGAAAAGUUGCCCUGAUGAAAAAACACGGGAAGCAUUGAAGCUGGUAUGUGACCUUUAUGCGCUCGACAGGAUCUGGAAAGAUAUUGGAACAUAUCGGAAUGUGGACUAUGUUGCCCCAAACAAAGCUAAGGCUAUUCAUAAGCUGACAGACUACCUCAGUUACCAAGUGAGGCUAGUGGCACGAGAACUCAUCGACGCAUUUGACCUUCCAGAUCUCAUCAUCCGUGCGCCAAUUGGUAUGCAAUCGGAGGCCUAUGCACAGUACACCCAGUAUGUUGGCUUCUAG